UACUUGAAUGAAUACAAUUCAAAUAGGAUUCAAAUAAGGCCAUUUUGGCGCGCGUCUAAACGUCAAAACGGUUGUCCUUGAGCAUAAAGAGGAUAGGCGAUAUACCAUUAUAAAUGGGUAUUUACAAUGUGUUUGCCGGUUUAUAAAGGGCAUUUCACAAUUCAGUUAUGUCCAAAAAGUGUCAAAAAGAAAUUGAAAAUGUGUCGAACGGCGUGGAUUGCCAUUUAAGUGAAAACAUUAACAAAAAUGAUCAAAAAUCAAUGCUAAGCUCUGUGAUAGGCACAUCAAAUGUCAAGCUGUGGAUGCACCUCAGGACGGCGUUUUCGUGCAACAGCAACGAGGAAUUCGUUAAAGCCCUUUUGGAUAUUGCUAAUGAACACUUGGAUAGAAAUAAGAUCAACAAAAGCGAAAAUACUGAAAAUCAUAUCAACGAAGAGAGUUCAAAAAGAUAUGCACGAUUAAGGAGGGACCAGAGGCUUAGAAAGGAUGCAAGAAAGAAUGUUCUUAAGGCUGACAAUUCCGAUGAAAACCGAGAGCAGAAAAGCGUUGUUCCAUUGGAAUCAGACUUGGAUGUAUCGAAUAACGCAGCAGAAGACCUGGCCAGCUCGGAAGCGGUUAAAAAUAGUUUAAUCUUAAACGACACGAAUAAAUUGUAUGUGCCUUUGAAUGAUAAGACAGGUAUUUCUGUUAAAGAGGAAUUACCGGAGGUGAGUUCGAAACCUGAACAGGUGCUCGAGAAAGUCAAGAAAGCGAAGAGCGAGAAGAAGGCUAAAAAGCAAGAGCACGAUAUAAGAAAAGCUCCGGAGUUGCUGCUGCAAACAUCCGAAGUGAAAGAACAGAAGGAGGAGAAGGUGCAAGAUGCGAAUCAGCGAUUAGCCAUAAAGAUAAAGUUAUGCGGUGGUUGCAACACUCGCCACUUGCAAGACCAAUGUCCACUGGGAAUUCCUAAAUAUGUGAUUGAAGAUUUACUUAAACACGAAGAAUGGUUAGAGCAGUUCAUCGAAUUGUACGGCAAGAACGCGUCAAUUGAGGAUGGAAAAACUGAACUAGAGAGUAGCACAAUUAAUAAGUUUUCGUUUGCUUAUCAGUCGCUUCCAAUGAACCUUUAUUUUGAGGAAACCAACACAGUUCACGGGUUGGGGGUGUUUGCUAAAAAUGAAAUUUAUGAUUUCACGCAGUUCGGACCUUUGCUUGGGAAAACGGUCAAGGAAGUUGACAUACCUGAGGAGUGCAAUAUGAGGGAUAUUUUCGAAAUAAACAACGGAGACAGUCCAACAUAUAUUAAUACCGAGAACGUCGAAGAGGCGAAUUGGAUGAGAUUCGUCCGACCAUCGCCUACGAGGGAAUUGAGGAAUGUUACUCUAAUCUCGAAAGAUGAUUCCCUGUAUUUAGUUACUGUGAAAAGAAUAACAGUCGGAGAAGAAUUGCUUUAUUGGCAGGACGAUGUGUCGUCUAGCAAUAAGAAGAAAAUGGAGAAAACAUCCUGCGGGGGUUGUAACAUGACUUUUCUUCAUCCUCUUUAUUAUAGAAUUCAUUGCUCAGUAUUUCAUGAUGUUCGUUACAGUUUAACUAUUCGCAAAUACCAUUGCAAAGUCUGUGGCGUUGCCGUUUUGGGCAAAGAGAACAUCAUGAAGCAUGCCAUUGAAUUGCACAACGGACAAGGUGCUUAUCAAUGUCAAUUUUGUAAGAAGUUUUUCCUACGGCUCAAUUAUCUAGAAAUGCACAGAACAUACGGUUGUUCGGCGAAUCCGCAUAGGUCGAGACCUCUUUGCGAUUUCUGUGGGAGGAAGUUCUGUCAGCCACAGAAGUUGAAAGUUCAUAUAAAACGAAUGCAUAGUGAUAUGUCAGAGGUUCUUAAAGAGUUUCAAUGUAAAAACUGUUUAAAACUGUUAGGAUCUAGGGCUGCGUUGCAAAGGCAUUUAAAGGAAGUGCACCAAAAACAAGUGGAGGGUGCUUGUGCGUGCAAUAAAUGUGGUAAAAUGUUCCAAAACAAAUCUAAUUUAAAAAUUCAUAUGCUUACGCACAGCGGGAUAAAACCAUUCAAAUGUGCUGAGGGUAAUUGUAUUGCAGCAUUCACUACUAAGCAAUGUUUACAAUUUCAUUAUAAGAAGGUGCACGGAUUCACGGAAGAAGUGAUGCCAAAGAUAGAACGAAGCGUUGAUUACACAUUUGAAGCGUACAGUGGAACGGAUGAUAUAGAAAUGAUGGACAAACAGAGCGAUGAUAAAAAUGAUAUGAACGACAGCGAUCAGGAAGACAACAAUUUAGAGCUGGAUGACAGGAAUAUUGAUGAACCUCCCGAUUUGCAUUCGCCUUUGCCGAUCCAAACGAAUGAUCACUCUUCUAAUUCAGAUGAAAGUCCACCAACGCUUGAAGCGUAUGCUCCGAGCAUGAAGAUAAUAAGCAAAGGUAGUAAAAAGUGGAUCAUAGAAGAACCGCUAGUGAGGAAUGAUAUUUAUCCAAUGGAAAGUAGAAAGGACGAAGUCAACUUGGACGUGGAAGAAGCUGAUGCUUAUGAUACAAGAAAGUUGAACACCAAUUUAAACACUUUCAGACAUGAAUCCAAUGCGAGUCUCUUGGUAGAAGCCGCAUUGGAUUCCGUUUGUAGUGAACCUAAUAUAGAUAUUGAUGUCAGUACAACGCCGAACUGCACGGACGCGCUGGUCAAUAACCUGUAUACAUUAUCACAUGGUGAUACAUUACCAGAAGUCACCUACAACCAUUCCGUGGAUGUUAACGAUUCUCGUGAUAUAAAUCUAAUAUCUCCUUCAGUUAAUGACCACAUCUCCGUUACAGAUGAUCUGAACGAUGAGUUACGCCACACCCAAACGAUUGGUAUAGAUUAUUCGAGUUUGCAAGAGGACUUCAGUCCACCCACUUCACCGAGCAGAAACAAUUUUGUGCGCAAUUACAUCAACGAGAAUUCACCAACAAACCCUAAUAACUACGAGAACCAAUCAAAGAAUAUUUCGCCUCAAGUAAGUCCACCCAGGUACGAUUUCGGUCAGACAGUGAACGCUGAAUCGGAUGAUAGUAGUGGCAUCGGCGCUCAAAAUCUAAGCUUGCACAACACGAAGGAUGGUAUCCAAUUGGAUUUAUCGAUUUAUAAGUCGCAUUACAAUUUCGAUACGAGUAGUUUUCUUCGUAAAAGUACGAGACUGAAGUUCGAUGAGAAUGAUAGAAAACAAUCGUAUAUUCUGGACGUUGAUAAAAGCUAUAACGAUGAUACCAAUAAAUUUAGUAUGAACGGAAAUAUUAGUACGAAUCAGGAUAAUUUGGAGAAUGAGUUGUCCGAUAAAGACUUUGAGAAUAUACAGGAUGUGAAGCACAAGGAUAACGAUUUAGAUCUAUCUAUACGCAGCACGUUGCCAGACAUUAGGAACAAAUUUGAGAUUGAUCUGGAUCUCAGGAAGAGCUACGAUAUAGACGCUGAGAUUAGGAGGAACACUUACGAAGGUUCUCUAGAUGAUUUUCGGAUGAAAAAUUAUGAUUUGGAUAAUUUAGAGCUGAGGAACAAUUUAGAGAGGAAUAAAACGUACGAAAGUAUAAUGGAGGAUUUCAGGACGGACAGGAACUUUGAGCCGCUCGUGCUGAAUCCUUCUGAGCUGCAAGGUUUGGAUAUGUCGGCGCGUAGUUAUCACAACUACUCGAAUUUGAAUAGAUAUCAUCAUUUGUAUCCGGAAGUUGAUAGACCCACGGUGGAUUUGAGGAUGAAUUACAGUCCUCCGCCGCCGACUUACUCUCAUGCAGAUAUCUUGAGGGUAGUGUCUUUGGAUUUAACACCACCCGGACGACACAGUGUAGACUUAAGCCUUCGGACGCAUCAAAUUGCGAAUUCGCGAUUGCUGAGUGAUCAUACGUUGCAAGCUGCGCCGCACCGUUUGUCUUUGGAUCAGAGCCGAUUGAUGAGUACCGAUUUGGGUGCACCCAGGCAUCUAGGUACGGAUUCCCGAUUGAUUUCAGAUAUGAGCAAUAGGAUCCUAUCAGAUCACACGACAAAUAGGAUAUUAUCUAACGAUCAACUCUCAACUAAUAGGUUGUUGGGUACGGAGCAACGACUAUUGACUGACGAUUCAAGGCUCAUAUCGGAUCAACCGAGGCUAUUGGAUCAGAGUAGAUUAUUGUCGGAUGGAAGGAUAUUGCCUGCUGCGCCCACUACUGGUAAUAUGUCUCCCGUCGCAUAUUCUGGGUAUCCUGUCUCGCCCACCCAUCCUUACCAUCCGACAGCUUUGCCACCUAGACCACAUGCUACAUCCCCAAGCAGCACGCCCUAUCAUCAUUAUCCUACAUACUAUUAAUAUAUGUACAUAUAUUUUUCUUUUCAAUAUCUAGUCAAUAUUUAUAAUUAC